CGCUGGCGGGCAUGCGCGGUGCCCCCGCAACAUGGCGGCGGCGUGAGGCGGCCGGCGGCGGCGGGAGCCGCUUGAGGGAGGCGGCGCCGCCGCUGCUGCUGCCCCCCCCCACCCCGCAGCCCCGCGCAGAAUAAAACGAAACUGUUGUGCUGAAAGGAAGAAUUAACUGGUCUUUCAACUUCAGCCUUUUUAUUGUGAGAGAGAAGAUCACAGAAGUGUUACCAUGGGGAGAACAGCAGCUAAAGAUUCAAAGAAUAUUAAAAAAGAGAAAGAUGGCAAGAAUCAGCAGGCAAACAACCCGUCUUUAAACAGUGAGCAGUUUAAUUGGGAUGACUAUCUGAAAGAGACUGAAUCAGUAGCUGCCCCUCUGCAUUGCUUCAGACAGUCCAGAAGUCCACCUACGAACGAUUUCAAAGUCGGCAUGAAGCUGGAAGCCCACGAUCCUCGCAACGUUACCUCAGUCUGUAUAGCCACGGUCAUUGGAAUCACUGGUGCCAGGCUAAGGUUGCGGCUUGAUGGAAGUGACAACAAAAAUGAUUUCUGGAGGCUUGUGGAUUCCUCGGACAUACAGCCCAUUGGCACCUGUGAGAAGAAAGGGGGCAUGCUCCAGCCUCCACUGGGAUUCCAGAUGAAUGCAUCUUCGUGGCCGAUGUUUCUCUUAAGAACUCUAAAUGGAGCUGAAAUGGCACCCGCAGCGUUCUUCAAGAAGGAACCACCAAAACCUGUGACAAACUGCUUUAAAGUUGGAAUGAAACUUGAAGCUAUAGAUAGAAAGAACCCGUACUUGAUUUGCCCAGCAACCAUUGGAGAUGUGAAAGGAGAUGAAGUUUUUGUUACGUUUGAUGGCUGGAGAGGAGCAUUUGACUAUUGGUGCAGAUGUGAUUCUCGAGAUAUUUUCCCAGUUGGAUGGUGUAGCUUGACAGGAGAUGCAUUACAACCACCAGGGAACAAUGUUGCCAUUACAAAGAGCAGUGCAAAAAUCCAAUCUUCCCCUUCCAAAGUGACCCGGCGUUCAAUGCAGUCUCCACAGAAAUCUGCUCCAGUACCAGCGCAGCGAGGCAGGAAGCCAGGUCGGGGCAAACCCCCUGGACAGUCUGCAGUUCCCAAGAAGGGCAGGUCUCCUAAAAAUACCCCCCUGACCAAAAGCACCUCUCAUACUGAGAAUCUUAAAACAAGGAAAAAAAGUUUAAAACCGGGAAAAAAGAAAAAAAUCUUCCCAGAACAACUGUCUUCCGCACCACCUUCUCCUCUUUCUUCUCCUGAUGGGGACAGUGGCACUACACAGAUACUUAAAGAUGGAGGUAGUUUAUCUGGUGCAACUGCAGCAGUUAUAUCCACAGUGUGUGUUUAUGUCAACAAGCAUGGAAAUUCUGGGCCUCACCUGGACAAGAAGAAAGUUCAGCAGCUUCCAGAUCACUUUGGGCCGGGUCCUGUCAAUGUGGUACUUCAGCAGGCUGUACAGGCUUGUGUGGAUUGUGCCUACCAGUCCAAGACCGUCUUUGGAUUUCUGAAAUCUGGCCAUCACGGAGGGGAGAUGAUAACUGCUUCCUUUGAUGGGGAGAAGCACGCCAUCAAUCUUCCUUCUGUAAACAGUGCAUCGUUUGUCCUACGUUUCUUGGAAAAACUCUGCCACAGUCUGCAGUGUGAUAAUCUUUUCAGUAGCCAGCCCUUCAGCCCUUACAUGGGAUGUGCACAUAGCCCUACGGAGUAUGACAGGAACAAACCAGCAAAAGAAGAAAUACCUGAAUGCAGAAGUGCAAAACGAUACUCUCAGGACUCUCCACCGUAUACUGCUCCCCUUUCCCCUAAACUUCCCAGGAAUGAUGCUCAUCCAUCUGAAGCAGAAACGUUACCUAUAGAAGAAAACAGCACUUCCAAAGAGCAUCGCUUUUCUGAGGACUCUAUGGAUUCUGCACUUAAUUCAGUAAAUCCUUCCAGCCCGACCUGUCGAAAUUCCACUGAAUAUCGUUCUUCAGGGAGCACAGCAUAUUACAGAAAUUCCUUUCAGCCAGUGACUGCUACCUCAAAUUCAGCCCCUGUCCUGCGCCGGCUCUCCUUGAGCUCUGCUGGGAGCAGCAGUUUCUAUGAAGUCAGUAGGAAUCGAAUACAGAGGAGGAUUGAAGCUGCAAGUUCCACAACUGGACCGGACCUGAAUUCACUAAAAAGGGAACCUUCAAGAAUGUUGAAUAAGGAUCCUUCCACCUGGUCGAUAGAGGAAGUAAUGCGCUUUGUGAAAGAGGCUGAUCCGCAGGCUCUAGCUCCACAUGCAGAACUCUUUAGGAGACAUGAAAUUGAUGGGAAGGCACUACUGUUACUGAGGAGUGAAAUGAUAAUGAAAUAUAUGGGACUGAAGCUGGGACCUGCCCUAAAGUUGUGCUACCACAUUGAAAGACUUAAACAAGGAAAGUACUAGCCAAUGGGGAUACCACAAAGGGUGUGUUCACAUCACACUAAGCUCUCAGGUUAACAGCCAUCACCUUUAUUUAAAAGUGUUUUGUUGCAGAAAUCAUUUGUAUUUUUUGAAGGCUCUCUCAAAAUGUGAAAAAGACGUCUAGGAUAAAGAGGGGAAAAAGAAAAUCUGUAUUACAUUCCAGUAUUUUGUGAACUGUUUCAGAAGGUUUGCAGGGAAGGACUGGACUGCUGGUCACACUGGCUGGGGAGCAGGUUGGUAACAGUGCUGAAAAGCACAUUUAUUCUCCGUUGCAGACUUCAGCCAAUGCAUUUGUAUUCGGAACCAAAACAGCUGAAUCCCAAAGGAAGAAAAAAAACAAAAACAGCAUCAGGUGUUAAUAAUUUGUACAGGGGUGGCUGUAAACUUUUACAUUGUGAGGAAAAUGUAAAAGAGAAGAUCUCAUCUCAGUAGUAACUGCUGUGCCUGGUCCUCCAGCAGAGUCAUACUCAGCUAGGUUUUUCUUCAUAGAUUUCCAUAAAGGGAAUAGCCAUAUGAACAGGUCGGGGGGGAGGGAAGCGUUGUGGAGAAGAGGGUUUAAUACAAAUAUAAGCUUUUAUAAAGUGUGAUUAUCGGUCCUUUGGAAAGUUACAAGGACAAAUGAACAGUGUGUUGUCAAUCUAUGCCGGCGAUAAUAGUUCUGUUUUGUGGAAGAUCAUAUUGGCUGUAUAAACAGCCAGUUCUGGGACCGACAGCUUUGACUGGAACAAUGCAUCCACCUUAUAAACAUUCCAUCUUUUUGCUAAGUUUGGCAUGGAUAUGUGUGUUCACGCUUUUAUAUAUACACGUGUAUGUGUCAGGGAAAUGCAUACUGUAUAUAGUAUGAAAAUACACAUGCACACUGUACAUACGUGUUCAGUCUUUAAUGUACUUUGCACUGUGCCAGAGAGAACUGUACGAUUUCUUGUUUGUUUGUUUUUUACCAGUAAUUUCGGUCACAGUUCUACUUUCAUAUUCAUUAGCACCUGUUUAAUUUGUUGUCCACUCUUGGAGUCAGAAGGUGACAAACAAUCAAAGGGUGGAUUUACUCCUGCAGGCAAAAUCCCUGUACUAUGCAAUACUCCUGGUUAGUCAUCACUGAACUCUGAGCCAUGUAUGCUGGUGUAUUUCUGAAAACACUUGUUUGGUUCUGAUGUUUUGGGCUUAUAUUUCCUUUCAGGAAGUGCUAUUAUGUAAUUGAUAAGCCUGUUUAAGGUAAAAUUGAUGCUGUUUGUGUAAGCUACAAGAACCAGCGGUGAUAAUGAACCAGUUUGUUGUCACUGCCGAUUGUAACAUACAUCAGGGAUAAGAAAAUGUACUUUCUGUGUAGGAAACUGAAUGUACUGUAUGUAAUAGUGCAAGUGAUGAAAGCUAUUUGCUAAGGAAGAUGUAGUCCUAAAUUGGUAGGUUUUAUUAUAUUUCUUAUUGCCUUUUUAUAUGAAACUAUAUAGUAAAAAUGUAUUUUUUAUGAAUCCUUUUGCUGAAAAUGCCUUGUUGUACCAAUACUCUGAUACUCCUCAGGUUUCAGCAGAGAUACUGCUGCAAAAUAACAUUUUUUGUAGCUUGUCUGAGAAUUUUGUUAGUUUAUGUGACUGCAAUGCAAUUUUAAUUUAGCAAGUCGUUCGGGCUUCCAGGCUUGUUUUUAUUAUUCCAUCAUUAGACAUUUGACACUAAAGGUUAUCUCUAUUGAUUUGUUUUGCAUAUCUUUUGUGGUGCGUGUAUGCUUAGAUGAAUAAUACAAGCACGCUCUUUGUAGUAAGAAAAGGUCAGAGCAUUGAUUGGAGAAAGCAUAUUUUCUCUUUGUGUUCGGAAAAUAUUGACUUGAUCAUUGGUAAAACAAUAUGAAAGUUAUAGUUACAUUGUGAGGAAAACAUAAUGCCCCACAUGUUGAGCAUAGCGUUUAAAACUUACUUCUUCUGUGCUUUCUUAUGCUGAAUUUCAGAGUUCUUUAGCUUAAAAGAAGUACUGCUCAUGCAGUUUCACCGACAACAGUUUUAAUUUUUUAACUGCCAUUGGCAUAGGAGAAACAAAGAUGUUUCAAAUUUCCCUUUGGCUUUUAUGGAAUGAGCUUUUUGUACAUGGUACUAUCAUGGGUAUAAAUAUUUGUUCGAGGCUCUGUGUGCGCCCAGGUGCGCAGGGCUUACUGUGAAGUUACAGUGCCAGGGUUUCACCCUGCGCUACAGUGGGUGAGAUUCAUGCGUUCAAAAUGUUGCAGCAGAAUAUAUUUUUUAUUCUUUAUUUUCCAUGGGAUGGCCUUCUCUGUAAACAGCAAUAAAAUAGUUUGUUCAUUG